GCAGUGGCCCGGGCGCCGCCUUUGCCACCCGAUUUGAAUUGGGACCGGAGAAGGACUGGACGUCCGGCGGCGCCAGCCGCUCACCCGCGCUCUUUCGCCAUUAUGCGGCCGUGGACCAAAGCGGGCCCGAGCCCGUGCCCGUGUCGGUCUUUGUGUGCGAUCAGCCCGAGCACCUGAGUGCGGCCAGUCUGGCCGUGAAACGCCUGAAAACCCUCCGCCAUCCGGCCAUUCUGACCUUUCUGGCCGCCCAUGAGGUGGAAGGCGUGAGCGUGUCCUUGGCCACCGAAUCGGUCACCGUGUUGUCGGCCCACUUGAACGACUUGGACCUACAAGGCGUGCGGGGCACACCCCGGAAUCACUAUCUGGCCUGGGGCCUGUAUCAGGUCCUGCGGGGAGUGCAGUUCCUGACCCAGGACGCCCAUCUGCGCCAUAACGGCCUCUUUGGCGACGCCAUCUACGUCAAUGACGCCGGAGAUUGGAAGUUGUUUGCGUUGGACCGGGUUCAGCCCACGUCCGAGUCCGCUCUCCCGGCCGCCCGAUUUCCCAAUCUGGCCAAAUACGACAGUCCCGAGGUGCACGAUGCGGCCAAGGCUCGUGUGAGCACGCCCUGGUCCCGGGACAUGUGGGGGGUGGGCGUCAUCGUGUGGGAGGUGUUCAACGGGCCUCUGCCCGCCGCCAAGAACCUGGGCAAUCUGGGCGAGAUCCCGAAGAAACUUUGCCCGCUCUACAUGGAGCUGGUGGCGGCCAAUCCGAGCAAACGACCCAAUCCCAGGGACAAGAUGGACCAGCUUCGCCGGGGCACGGGCUACUUCAAGAACCCGUUGUUGGACACGCUCAUGUUCUUGGAAGAGCUCCAGAUCAAGGAGGACUCGGACAAGAAUCGAUUCUACAGCGAGCUCUCGGCCAAGUUGGAUGGCUUUCCGUCGCACGUGUGUCGAUUCAAGAUCUUGCCCGAGCUUCUCAAGGCCUAUCAGUUCAACAAUGCGGGAGCGUCGAUCCUGAGCCCGGUGUUCAAGAUCGGGCAGAAUUUGGGCUCGGAGGACUAUGUCAAGAUGAUCAUCCCGUGCAUUGUCAAGUUGUUCGCCUCCAACGAUCGGAAUGCCCGCUUUAAGUUGCUGAACCAGGUGGAGCACUUUGUGGUCCAUUUGGAGAGCAAGGUGGUCAACGCCGAGGUGUUUCCGCAUAUUCAGAACGGUUUCCUGGAUCAGGAGCCGAUCAUUCGGGAGAAGACGGUGAUUUCCAUGAUCUAUUUAGCGCCCAAACUCACCUACGCCAAUUUGGAUGAGUGCGCCGUGACGAAGCAUUUUUCGCGACUCCUCCGGGAUGAGCAGGCCGGGAUUCGAACCAAUACCACGGUGUGUCUGGGCAAAAUCGCCCGCUACCUCCACUACUCCACCCGACAAAAGAUCCUCAUACCCGUUUUCGUCGCCAAAAUGAGAGAUCCAUUUCCGCCUGCCCGGAUUGCGGCCAUCAACGCCUUGGCCGCCACCCAGCAGUUCUACACCAUAGCGGAUACAUCCACGCGGGUCCUGCCCGCCCUCUGCCACGCCCUAAUCGACCCAGAGCUCCCAGUCCGCAAGCAAGCGUUUAAGGUCAUUCGAGGGUUCAUUGAUAAACUGGACCAAGUGUCCGAGAAUCCUGCCCUCCAAGAGGAGAUGGAAUCUGAGGUGAAGAGCACCACUUCCGAGUCAAAGCUCUUGGCUGCCACGGGCUGGGCUUCAUGGGCAGUGGGUGCCAUCGGGGCCAAGUUCUACAAGACCUCCAACAAGCCCCCCGAGCCACCCACUAGCCAGACUAGCAAUACAAUUGGCAGCGAGAAACCCGUACCCGUGGUGGCGGCUACUAGCUCAGGUAGGAAGGGCUUGGAUGAGCCGCCUUCGACGGCGGAAUCCAGUCUUAAUGAGCUCAUUGAAGACGAUCCAGAGGAAGGGGUGGGCAGUGGAGGCUCGGGUUGGGAUGACCAAGAUGAUUGGGGCAGUCUGGAGGAUAAUGCAGAUUUUGACGACCCUGAGCCUUCUCCGUUAUCCGCCAUUGAACGGUCCUUCCCCCAAAAAGUUCAUAUUUCAACCCCGACUCAGGUGAAGCCCCGUCCGCCGGAAGACAACGACCCCUGGGAUGACUUUGACGACCCGCCCAUCGCGGUCAACAAGGAGGAGGAGAAACGCCUCCGCGAAGAGAAACGAGAAGCCCGGAAAGCCGAAUUGGCUGCCAAACGCGCCAAUAAGAAGGCCGGACCUUUGAAAUUGGGCGCCAAGCGAGCCAUGGACUAGGCUGAAGGUUGACCAAUUUGAGUGGCCAAAAAAACUAUAUUUUCUCUCUUCCUUCCUUUCUUCUUUUGUUUCGUGUUUGUUUGCUACCACCACGUCAUAAAUCUGGUUGUAGUUAACCUUCGUUUUCUCCAACCAAUCAACCAUUCAUUAUUCGUGGCCACCUGUGAUACUGGAUACCGUCUGUGUAUUCAAGAGAUUUCUUGGCAUUCCUUGUGAAACCAACCUCAACACAUAAAGCAUUUCCAUUGACCUCCA